ACGGGGUAUUUGCAUGCGGCCAAGUCUUUCUUCUAGUUUUUAGAGAUUUGUGUGGUUGUUAGUCUUUUGUACAAAAAGUGAACAAUUUGCAAAGCUUUCUAAAUCGUGCACAAUAAACUACAAAAUUCAGACGGUCGUCAACGGUUGCAGGAUCUGUCGAAUAAAUCUGGAUUUCUCUCUCUUACUCUCCGCUAAGGCAAUUGCAAUUGUGAAAGAGCAAGAGAAACCACACCCUGAAUGUGCGUUUCUGUGACAGCCGCCAGCCAAUGAACGAACUCAAAUACGAGAGGGAUGAUCAGCAACUAUUAGCAUGGAAAUGGUAAUGCACAAAUAAUGCGUAGAUAUCCAUAAAGGAUAUUUCAACCCGGCUAGGACUAUUAAAGCAGGAGUAAAAUCGCAAGAAAGCAUCACAACCAUUCGACAUCUCGUGCGCAAUAGUCGUCAAGUUGUUUGAGUGCAUUGAAGACGAUCGCGUUAGUUUAGUGCUAAAAUAAUCCAAACAAAAAAAAAAUAAUUUUUUUAAAACACAAAGACAUAUAUAUAUAUGCUUAAGAUAAACAAUAUUUGAAAACUGUUUUUGAAAGCAAGAAAAACUAAAGUGCAAAGACUUGACAAGUGAUUAAAUAAUACUAAGUUUGUUCCAAGUGGUGCCAGUACAAGGCUAACAAAAAAUGAGUUCCCCCGAGGUAUCACCAGAAGCUGCGGACAAAUACAACAGAUUAUCACCGUCUUCUUCAAGUCGCAUACUCUAUCAUGUGCCGUGCAAAGUUUGUCGCGACCAUAGUUCCGGUAAGCAUUACGGCAUCUAUGCUUGCGAUGGUUGUGCCGGAUUUUUCAAACGUUCCAUACGACGCUCACGCCAGUACGUUUGCAAGUCACAGAAGCAGGGCAUUUGCGUGGUCGACAAAACCCAUCGCAAUCAAUGUCGCGCCUGCCGCCUGCGCAAAUGCUUCGAAGUUGGCAUGAACAAGGAUGCCGUACAACAUGAACGCGGACCGCGAAACUCCACAUUGCGUCGGCAAAUUCAAUUGUACAAAGAGGUCGUGAUGGGCCCGGAUCCGUUGCCAUCCGAUCUGAUGAUGAGUCAUAGAUUAUUCAAUGCUUUUCCAAUGACACCUAUGCUAAUACCGACUGUGCCACGACCACCACCUCCUCCACCACCACCACAACAUCAUCCACAUCAUCCACAUCCAGCUUUGGGCAAUCCUUUUCAGCCACCAAUAGUAUUGGAUCUAUCUGUUUCACGUGUAGCAGCACACCAUGCCAUGCAUCAGAGUCCAUUUGGCUUCUUCGCGCAAAACUCGUUCAUGAAUCGGUCGUUGCCACCAACGCCGCCACUAAUGGCCGCCGAACACUUAAAAGAGACUGCCGCCGAGCAUCUCUUCAAGAAUGUGAAUUGGAUUAAGAGUGUCGAAGCAUUCCAGAAUUUGCCGCUGCCUGAUCAAUUACAAUUGUUGGAGGAUUCAUGGAAGGAAUUUUUUGUACUAGCAAUUGCCCAGCAUCUCAUGCCGAUUAAUUUUCAACAGUUACUCUUUCUCUACGAAUCAGAGAAUAUGAAUCGUGAAGUGGUUAAUAUGGUGAAGUGCGAAGUACACUUCUUUCAAGAGGUACUCAAUAAGUUAUGUCAUCUGAAUAUCGAUACCAAUGAGUAUGAGUGUUUACGUGCAAUCACGCUCUUCCGUAAGGCAAACGGUGGCGAAGAUGCUGCUAACAAUUCAUUUGGUACUGGCGAAAGUAGCAGCCCAAAUUCAAGUACUUCCGGCGAUUCGCGUGGCCCUGUCGAUUCGGUCAAAAUAGCCGGUUUGUGCGAAGAGGCACGUGGUACCUUGCAGGCCUACGUGAUGCGCACAAAACCAACACAACCAUUGCGUUUUCAAGCAUUGGUCGGUAUACUACCAUUGCUCAGCAAAGUGUCGGGAUUCACAAUCGAGGAGUUAUUCUUCCGAAAGACAAUUGGCGAAGUCAAUAUCGUCCGGCUAAUAUCCGAUAUGUACAGUCAACGCAAGAUUUAAAAUCUCUGCGUUUUAGAGUGCUGAGAGAAGUAAGAAACGCAAUCGUUAACGCAACCACAACAACACUGCCGCCAUAUGUCGCCAAUGUUGCCAAUAAGUUGCGCGCGGGAUCGCUUAAAUGGAUUAACUGCCUUAUCGGGCGCUCGUUUAGAAAAAGUGCUUUCGCACUCCAAGUGCCUUGCUAUAUAAAAAGUGCUGGAAACUGUGAUAUGCUCUCGUACUUUAGAGGCGAAAGCUCCUGUCUGCUUAAUAACAAUAAUGUUAGUGAAUUUAGUUGUAAACAUCGGAAGAUGACAAUUAAGAUAAUGUCUUAUCAGUUUAACGCAUUUACAGUGCAUUCGAAUAAUAUUUAUAUACCUAUGAGAGGAAUUCGCUUCUCGCCCACACUUAAGGGCUUUCAAAUUACCACUCACAAAUGGUGAAGUUGAA